GGAGCAGGGUCCUUAAUUCCCUGCAGGCCUUGGACCUUGGCUCCGAUGUCAGCUGCUGCCUGCCACCCCCGCUCUGUCUCCCAGGGUGGCUGUUUAGCCAAGGACAGGGCCACCUGCCCACCUGCCGGGCCUGGAUGCGGUUGGGCUGGUGCUUCUGCUCUGGCCCCCAGACGCCCCGACCUCACCCAGUGCAGAAUGCUGGGCUCUGCACUCCUGUUGCUGGCCCUGCUCUUGGGGACUGCCAUGUCACCCAGCACACCACCUGGACCCCAAUUCCCCGCAGGCCCGGCGCCCUGGCUGCGCAGACCCCUCUUCAGUCUGGAGUUGUCGGACGUGGAGGACGUCUUCCCGCGCCGCGCGGGACCGCUCGAAGUACCAGCAGACAGCCGCGUGUUCGUCCAGGCGGCCCUGGCCCGUCACUCUCUGCACUGGGGCCUGGCCUUGCACCACUGCUCCGUGACGCCGUCCUCACGCCCGGCUCCGGGGCCAGCUCUGGCGCUACUAAAUGGUGGCUGCCCCGCUGACGCCUCUGUCGCGGUACCUCCAACGCGGUUCCUCCCAGGUGCCACGCGCCCCGUGCGCUUCAGCUUCCGCCUGCGCCCAGUCUUCAACGCCUCGGUGCAGUUCCUGCACUGCCAACUGAGCCGCUGCCGCCGCCUCCGGGGAGUCCGCCGAGUGCCUGCGCCUAUGACCCCACCGCCGCCAUCGCGGUGUCUGCCUCAGGAUGAGGCAUGCGCAGAAGCCAUCAGUGGCAGCAGCGGGAGCCUGGGUGCUGACAACCCACACCUGCACACGCUGACGCAGCCCAUCGUGGUCACUGUGCCGCGGCCUCCUCCCAGGCCCCCCAAGGUCAUCCCGGGCCGCACCGUACUACCGGACCUUCCAGUGCCGGCUCCCGCGGCCCUGGAGCCCGCGCCGGUGGUAGCGCUGGUGCUGGCAGCCUUCGUGCUGGGCGCCGCCCUGGCCGCCGGGCUCGGCCUUGUCUGCGCGCACUCAGCGCCUCCGCUCCCUGGACCGCCCCCUAGAGCCUCGCCCAACGGCGACCAGCUCUGGAGGCCUCAAUGAGACAGCAUACAGACUAAUAGAAGAGGCCUGUGGUCUCCUGAGAAGCUGGUGACUGGCUAGAAUACACACCCUAGUUCAGCCUCCAUCCUCGCUCGCCAGGGAUGGCGCGGUCAUAUCCUGAUCCGGAGAUGCCCUCAGCUAC